AUGUGGGAAAGGCUGGACAGAAUGUUAGGGAAUUCUAGAUGGCUUCAUACAUUCCCUUUUACUCUUAUUUCUCACCUUGCCAUGUCUAGCUCUGAUCAUAGACCUCUUCUUUGCUCUAUUCAAAAUGCUGAGAGUCCCAAAAGAUCACUUUUCAGAUUUCAAAACAUGUGGAUUCUCCAUCCUAAUUUUAUUGAGAAAAUUGCUAAGAAUAAAGUUCUAAAUAUGGAAAUUGAGGUUAAAAGGGGAGUUUGCUCUGAGUUUGAUCUGCACAAAGCUAAUGAGGAACUUUUGAUGCAAAUUAAUUAUUCUAAACAUUUUCUGAAACAGAAGGCUGCAGUUACUAAAUUCACUGUGGGAGAUAGAAACUCUAGCUUUUAUAAUGCUUGUAAUAACUUCAGGAGAAAGAACAAAAUGAUUUUAUCUAUCACUGAUUAUAAUGGCCAUUGUUUGUCUGAUGAUGAUGCUGUUGCCCAAGAUGUUGUCUGUCACUUUCAUGACAUUUUCAAUGAUCAGCCAACCUCUAGAACCCAGAUAAAUACUGAGCUAUUAUCUGAUUGUUAG